GUUUGACAGUUUCCAUCUAUUUCACUUUAGAGAGAACUUUGAAACUGCACGUGGUUACUUUAUUGUUUAUUCCCUGGUAACAUUCUACAUAAAGGCGAACUUUGUAUCAUUCCUACUUGUCAAAACAUUGCAGUUGCAUCGCAAGGACAGUCUCCGGGCUGAACUAGAAAAACACGUCAGGGCACGCCCCUCUGUUUUGAUUCAACCAUGGAGCAAACCAUCUGUCUGUCUAUUAUAUUGAGUUUGAAACCAGAACAUAAAACGAAUGGACAAUUUUUAUGGAGCGCCGAUGUUUAACUGUAGCAGACAGACGCAUCCCUGCUAUAUUCAUGUGCUACACAGUUGCAUUUGAUCGUCUGCAUAUAAUUUAAAACUUCACACUGAUUUACAAACGUUGUCUGGAGACUCAACACAAUUGCUGUCAUGCAGAAUGCAAACCCAAUAGAAGAGGUGGGAGGCGACACACCCUGUGAUGUGCCCUGUCUCCAGAAAAUUGAAUCCCCAACAGGGAGCCCUCCCAAACAAGCCUCUCUCGCAGAUAUGAUGGAGUUGGAGAAUUGUGUUUCCAAUCUCAGCCUUGCACAUGAGAUCGUGAUCAACAGAGACUUCAGCUUCAGACAGAACAGCCCACCCAAAGACAGCUUGGAAGGGAGAGUGACUGACAUAGUUCACAGUGCUUUCUGGGACUGUCUUCGUGAGCAGCUUUCAUGUAGCCCUCCAGACUAUAUCCAUGCAGUCAUUCUGCUACAAGAGGUGAAAACUACCGUGUUGUCCCUGCUCCUUCCUGGCCAUGUGCGUCUGAAGGCCCAGGUGGAGGAGGUUCUGGACCUGGAGCUGAUCCAGCAGCAGGCAGAUCACGGGGCCCUGGACCUUCAAAGACUGUCAGGCUACAUCAUCAAUACCAUGGCCUCCCUGUGUGCCCCUGUACGGGACCCAGAGAUCAAGACACUACGGGAUCUCUCGGAACCAGUGGAGCUCCUAAGGGAGAUCUUCAGAGUCCUUGGCCUGAUGAAGACAGACAUGGUCAACUUCACCGUACAGAGCCUCAGACCUAAUCUUCUUCAGCAGGCUGUCCAAUACGAGCGAGCCAAGUUCCAGGAGAUCCUAGAGGAGCAGCCUGAGUUCCUGGACAAUACCACCAUUUGGCUUCAAGUGGCAGCACGAGAGGAGGCAUCGGUCAGUGCCCAGUCUGACCUUGACCCUGGAACUCCCAGGCCACGUGGUCCAGUAAGUCCUACUGCUGUCCUGAACAGGGCUUACCUGCGACUGCUGAGCUGGGACCCCCAUGACCAGAACUACCCUGAGACAGUUCUGAUGGACAGAGCCCGCUUGGACGCACUGGGGAAGAGGCUGAUCCUGCUGGUUCUUGAGGCAUCAGUUCUGCUGUUGACCAGCACACAAUGUGGGGGCGCUGUUUUCUCUCUGCAGGGGUUUGUAGUUAAACUCAAGCAGACCAUCACUGCCCUGCUGGAGGGCAGUCACAGCAGGGACUUUGACCUGCAGGGGGCGUUGCUGGGGCUGGGGGAGCAGGUGCUGGUGCAGGUGAAGGAGGCUCUGAUCACCCAGGAAGGACCAGCGCUGCCUCAGGACAGUGAAGACGUGCUUAAGGGACAGAUCUCAGACCUGGCCAAGGACAACAACCCCAUCCACACUCUCAUAGGAGAAAGAGUGCAGGGUUACCUCCAGGCCAUGCUGGAGGGAGGCCCCACUAAAAGGAGUCCGUCCAUGCCCCCUGCCCUGAGGCUGCUGAGUGCUGAGGUGGCAGAGCUGGGAAUGGCCUUUGGGCGAAUGGUCCAUUUCAACCGCUCAGUCUUCGGCCCCUUCUACGCCCCCAUCCUCAGGAAGUUGCUGUUCCCAUUGGGAGAGGCCGAGAUGGGGGAGGACUCCCGCUAGUCCCCUCAACACCUCAGGUCACCUGCAUAAGCUGCCAUUCAACAUUUACACAAUGUAGAGUGUAUAUACUGUAUAUUUAGACUUUAGAAUAUAAAAACGUUAGCAACAUUUGUUAAACCAAAAACACAUGACAGGCCAUGAGAUAAGUGGAAUAUUCUUCCAUACAAUCAUACUGGAAUUUAUUUUCCUCAGGACACAUUCGUUGUGGCAACCCUUGUGAUAAUCAUUUUACUAAUAUCUAGAGUUUGCAUGUAUGUCAGCUGUAAUUGAUUGUAUGUGCAUUAGCUGGAGAUUAUGUGUAGGUACAGUAGGAUUGAGAUUCUUGAAUGGUAUGUACUGUAUAACUUAAAGCACUUACCAAAUAUAUGUAUGCACUUUAGAACAAUUUAAAAAUACUGUACAUCUAUAUUUUAAUCUUUUGGAACUGUACAUUACAUAAUUUGUGAAAUAUGUUGGGGGAUUAUUGAGUGAAAUUUUUUAUGCAUUCUGACCAACUGAACAAAAAUAUAAAAGCAACAUGUAAAGUGUUGGUCCCAUGUUUCAUGAGCUGAAAUAAAAUAUCC